AUGGCUAUAGACAUGGACACCAUCGUGGACUUCUUCGCUCACUACUGGGGCAACUUAACUCGCAACAUAAUAAAAACUGUCGACGGCAUGACAUACAUCAAAUAUAUCCGUCUCAUCGCCAUCGUGGGCGCAUAUGCGCUCCUCCGACCCUACAUCAUCAAGCUCGGCGCAAAGAUGCAGACGAAAGAACACGAGAAGGAGAUUGACGUGGAAGAGAUCCUGGGCCCCAAGGCGAAGAUAUCACCCAAUGUGCUGCGCGGGUAUGGAGGAAAGGAAGUCGAGAUUGCGGAGAGUGAGAGCGAGGCGGAGGGAGAGACGACGGGCUCUAAUUGGGGGAAGAAGGCGAGGAAGAGACAGCGUGCGCAUGAUAAGAAGCUUUUGGCCGAAGUCGAGGAGAGGAGGAGACAGUUACAGGAGGAUGAUGAGGAUAAGGAUAUUGAGGAGUAUCUGAUUGAUGGUGUGGAUAUUCGAGACCAUUUGGUGGAUUAUGAGGAGGGAGUCGAUGGAUGGUAA